CAGAAGGACGUUCCGCCUCUGGAGACAGCAGCAGCAGCAGCAGCAGCAGUGAGGGCAGAAAACAUGACCAAACUGGAGCUGCUGAACGUGUUUCUGAACGACCGGCUGACGGCGGCGGCCCAGGAGAUCUUCCGCGCCGUCAAAGACACGGUGGCCGAAUAUCAGAGCGAAAUCCUGCGUUCAAAGGAGGAGAACGAGCGGCUCAGACGGCUGCUCAACGUCGCCGUCCAAAGGCUCCUGCUGCAGACAGAACCUCACUCUGUCCUUCCUCAAGAGGACGUUCAGCCGUGUGAGUUUGAGUGGAGGAACAGCGUGGAGCUGCUGCCACAGAUUAAAGAAGAGCCCAAAACUACAAACCUUCAAACCGACUGUUCACAAGGAUCAAGAGACCCGGAGGAAGGAAACUGUAGCCACAUCGAGCCGCUGCAGAGGUCACAAACUCCACCCGCCCAGACUGUGUGUAGCCGAGUAAGUGUCUCUCCACCUUCAGUAGCAUCCCAGGAGAUUAAAGCAGAGGAAGAGAGCAGGAAACAGCAGCCAGCACUCAGCUUACCGCCCCCCGUGACUGUUUAUUCAAACUGCAGAGCGGCUGAGAGCGCCGCAAAGAGUCAGCGGACUCAGAGAACAGACCAUCAGCUUAAAGGGUCGUUUCGCUCAAAUGGGAAACAGAGCUCGUCCUUGCUCGCGAUCAAGAACGUGAGAUCUCUGAGGCCGCCCCCGCCUCGCUCCUCUCUCCCGAGCCAGAGCAUGCAGAGGUGGCACAGCUGCAAAGAGUGCGGGAAGGGCUUCAGCUUCGCCUGCCAGCUGGAGGUGCACAUGCGCUGGCACACCAAGGAGAAGCCGUACAGCUGCGCCGUGUGCCGGAAGAGCUUCACCACGGUCAGCAUGCUGAAGAGACACCACCGCAUCCACACGGGGGAGAAACCCUUCAGCUGCCACGUCUGCGGGAAAUGCUUCAACCAGUCGGCGCACCUCAACACGCACUUCAGGCUCCACCUGAGAGAGAGGGCCGGCUGGAGCCGAGCGGCGCUCUCCAAGUGAAAACAUACCAAACCCCCGACGAUGUGUAAACUCAGAAAUACUAAAGACAUCAGGUUCAAACAGUGUUCAGUUAUUGUGUUUGACAGUGUGUGUUGAAUGUUGUGCAAUAAAGUGUGGUACUUGAA